AUGCUGCUCUCGUUGGCGGCCUCCUUCUCCAGCGGCCCCACGUCAGCACCCACGGAGUCAGCCCCGGAGCCGGUGCCCUGUGGCGGGUCCGUGCUUGGCAGCGGCCCCGGCCCUGUCCCUUUGCCGGCUGCUGCCAGCCCGGGGUGGGCACAUCCCUCUGCCGCAGGGCCGCAGGCGGCUGCACAGCCCCAGGGAGGUCACAAGCACGACCCCAGGGGUCCAGCGCUGCUGCAGCCGGCGACAGGAGGGUACCUGGGGCGAGAGGAGAACGGGAGAACGGGAGAAUGGGAACGGGAGCCGGAGCCCGGCCCUCUGCUCCCCGGGAUGUAUCCCCUCUGCCCCGCCAGCCCCUUAUUGGCCACCGCCCACCGCUCCUCGACGCCGAUUGGCCGAGCCCACCGGCAGGGGGCGGGGCUGCGGAGCCUCCCGCGGCCUCGCAGCUCCGGGCACGGCCCCGCUCCCGUGCGCUCUGCCUUGCCCGGGAUGGGGCCGCCCGGGCCCGCAGCUCCCCAUGAGGGAGCCCGGAGGAGCUGCAGGGUCAGGAGCUCCGCAGACCCCGCCAGGCGCAGCUCAGCCCUAAACCAGCACGGCGGGAAGGACCUUCAGGACCUCAGCUUCCAUGCUGAGGGACCAGGGCAGACAAGAGGCCCUGGCUCCAUCCAGCCCCAAGCCCCCAUCUCCCCCUGA